AUGAGCCGUACGACGAUGCUGACUGUCAGACCACAGCCUCGGGUACCUGGCCCACUGGAUAGCAAGGCCUCUUCUAUACAUUUUGCCAGUCAUUACCAGGGAAUAAUGCCGCGACUGCUCCGAGAGACGAAGCGAGGCCGUGACCGGGCUUUAAAACAGAAGGCGGGUCAAGUCCUUCCGGAAGGACUACACAGUGAAACGAGCACAGAGGACAGCCUGGGAAGCCCAACAGCUUUCGAAGUGAGAUCUAACAGAGGGCCUCAGGCUGCCGGAACACACAAAAGAUGUCACACUGGCGUCCGCAUGAGGCGCGAAUCUUCGAGUUCCUGGAACUCGGACAGGACACCUGUUCAAGCGAGUGACGAACGGAACACUGCAAUCUCUCGAUUGAAUGGAAAGUGCGAACCUCUACUGAAGAUCAAAGAUGCACUCCAGACAACACGACUCAGGAAACGGUUAGGACGUGGCGAUAUUGCCGUGGGCAGUGCUUCUGCCGAAAGUUUCAACGAAGGCAGGUUUUACCACUGCGCAAUGUUGGAGGCUGACAGGCAGAACAUGAAAAGGUGCAUCCAGAAGCAGGUGAUGCUUGGGUUGGGGCUCAACGAUGAGACAUGCUGUGACAACCGGAGGCCACUCUCUACCGCUGCAAGCUGCCAACAGCAAAGGUGGCUCGUGACGCCCCGGCAGGCCCAAUCUUUACAAGAGUCCAUAGAAGACGCUCAUACAGCGAGUCGUCUCUCCGCCACCACACGACUAAACCGUGCAGCUGGAUACCGGCGCAGCAGGGACCGAUGGACCCAGGUGCAGGAACUACCCAGCACAACUAGUGAGCUGAUUGCCUCGCAGGGCCGGACGUAUACCUUUGCUCAAAAGUCUGCAGAAGUGGAGGCUGGUCGACUGUGUGCCAAGAGAUCAAGCGGACCGUCACCACAAGCAACAUCAGGCGCCCGACCCUGUGCAAAUAGGAGAGUGGUGCCAGUUGCCGAACAGAAACAGAUCGUUCUUCAGAUGCAGUUGGUUUCUGAUGUCGUGCAUGAAGCAGCCGCCCUGCGUUUCGGCUGGGCAAUUCACAGGAUUGUGAGGAGACACCUCAUACGCGUGAUCUCCCACUUGAGGAAGGCCACUACGUCCUAUCCUCCCACUGAACAGCCACUCCUUGGCUGUACUCCGGAAAACAACGUGUACGCUUAUGGGAGACUAUCGCUGGGCGUCAGCGGUCGAACCGGAGAAUCGCAUAGCGACUGGCGCCGCUACUGGCCGAGGGACCGCAUGGCCUUAGCGGGCAGCGACGAGUGGAACUGUUCUUCUUGCCAAGACCGAAAUGUGUAUUCCAAUGGAGGGAUUCGCAAAACUGUCGGGGACACGUUGGCUCCUCAUCUGGGGGCAUCACUCCAGCGGAGGCAAAAACCGGCCUGCACCGUAGGGUCGCACAGGGAUCUUGGAGCACGCGUCUUGUCGCGCGCAUUGCGGCGGGCUCUCCACAAAGAAAGCCUGGGUGAGGCCUGGGAAAGGCUCAAAGUCUGGAGUCAGGACUGCCAGUUCGGAGAGCGUAUAGGUGCUCUAUACUUGUCUCUGGAGAAUGUGUCGGCCUGGGCAGCCCUUUUCAGCCGCGUUAUGGCGGUGACAGCGCUUUGGAGGGUGAUAUGCUGCUCCGCACGGAAAUGGCUGCUUAGGGCUUUUCUGACCAUGCUGCCAGCAAACUCCGUCCCCCUCAUUCCUCACCAGAGCUCACGCAGGCAGAAAGCAUUGCUGAAGCCUUUGUCGGGACCUACGAUUUCAGUCUCAGAGGAAUCAAGAAAAGAGCCUCCACAUAUGUCCAACUUUCUACGACAGAAAGAUGAUUUCUUUGCGGGCAGUAUGUUCCUGAUGAAGUUCUGGGGAGAGCUCUUGGCUCUUAGCGUAUCAACUCGACAACAGUCCUACCAGCAGAGUAAAAUGCUACUCUCAAAGAAGGCUGGUACCACCCAUUGGGACACCUGA